AUGAGGAGGAGGAACGGAGAUGGUGGUUCCAGCUUCAAUCUGACCUUGACCAAUGAGACGCCAAUGCCUCUCCACACGGCGGCUAAGAGCCACCUUUUCUCCAAUAGUGGUGCACACCGGAGACGUCACCACCUUUUCUCAAUCUCAAUAUCUUGGGUCUAUCCCGAGCAGAUUCAGAUCAGUUUAGAUUGGCCAACGAGGAUGAAGAUAUGCCUCGGGAUAGCAAGAGGCCUGGCUUAUAUCCAUGAAGAUUUGAGGCUAAAGAUUCUCCACAGAUACAUAAAAGCUGCAAACAUCUUGCUGGACAAGAAACUGAGCCCUAAGAUAUCAGAUUUCGGUUUAGCCAAGCAACAUGAUGAGAAAAUGAAACCAAACAGCAUAGAGAUAUAA